AUGCCACCAGUCACCUCGGUCAUCCCAGAUAGCAUUCCAAUUCCUUCGAGUGUCGUGCUCGAAUACUCUCUACCAGUAACAUCAGCAAACGCAGUUGCUAUCCCCAUUCCCUCGAGCAUAGUCCCCGAGUACUUACCACCAGCAACCUCAAUCAACGCCAAUAUCCCUCUACCCUCAGCUUCCGCCUCCUUCCCACCAAUCGGCGUCCUCCCUCCCUUCACCUUAAACUCAUUAGCUACUAACAGCGCAGACAACCCCAAAUACAGAUUCAACGCUGGCUCCUCAACAAAUAUAGCAGUCUACUACGGCCAAUCGCCCGCCACAUCCACCACAACCCUCACAUCGCAAUGUGCCGAUCCAAACAUCGACAUCGUGAUCCUCGCUUUCGUGAUCUCGCAGCUCGACGGUGGCAAAUAUCCUUCUAUCAAUUUUGGUGCAGCGUGUGGAGGACAAACGCAGAUGAUGAUCAAUGAAGCGCCGGGAUUGCUUUGGUGUCCUGGUUUGGCGAGUCAGAUUCAAAUAUGUCAGGCGACGUAUGGGAAGAAGGUAUUGUUAAGUGUGGGAGGAUCGACUAGCAAGAUCAGCUUCUCUGGACCAGGACAAGCGCAGGAGCUGGGAGAUGUGCUUUGGGAUGUUUUUGGACCGGCUGGGAAUGUGGAUCCGCAGUUGAGGCCGUUUGGGACGGUCGAGGUUGAUGGUUUUGAUAUUGACAACGAAGAUAAUAUGCCAGCACAUUUCGACGCCUUAGCCCUUACCCUCCGCAACCACUUCUCCCACACAACAGCGAAAACAUACUACCUCUCCUCCGCACCACAGUGCCCCUUUCCAGACGCCUCUGAUCCCAUGGCCCUCCUGCUCCUCUGCGACUUCGUCUGGGUGCAGUUCUACAAUAACCCCUCGUGCGAGAUUGGCAGUGCAGGUUUCUCAGCAAGUCUGAAGCAGUGGAGUCAAGUACUAAGUACUUCAACCAUGGCUACAAAACCAAAAUUCUACCUGGGAGCUCCGGCUUGGAGUGCAGCAGGUCCGACAGCGUAUGAAGGGAUUGGAGGACCAGAAGGAAUGAUGGGGAUAGCGGAGCAUGUGGAGGGGAUGAAGAUGCAUAACUUUGGAGGUGUGAUGUUUUGGGAUGGGUCGGAGGGUGUGAUUAAUGUGCAGAAUGGGAAGGAUAUUAUUGCUUGGGCGAAAGAGGGUCUGACUGCUUAG